AUGGGGAGCUGGAGCUCUGUCUGUCCGCUCACGCGUCGCUGUUACCCUACUGUUACGUACGCCCCUCUCCCCCUCCCUGCGGCGGCCUCCCUGCUACUUAUACAGCCAGCAACCCCCGCCCCCUUCCUCUCUCUCUCUGCAACUAACCACCAUAGCAUCUGCACCACCGCCUCUCCAUUUCUCUCAUACACGACUAGCUACUUGAUCGAGCUCAUCGCCUCAUCAGCAAGCCAUCUACGUCGUCUGAUCGAUCGUCUCGGUGUGGCAAUGAGCGACCUGAGCUCGGACACCUCGUCCACGUCGUCCUACUCCCCCUCCCCCUCCACGUCCUCCAGCUCCCGCGGCGGCGGAGGCGGAGGCAAGAAGCGGCCGCGCGAGCCCGCCGGCGACGUCCCGGCGUACCGCGGCGUGCGGAUGCGGGCGUGGGGGAAGUGGGUGUCGGAGAUCAGGGAGCCCCGCAAGAAGUCGCGCAUCUGGCUCGGCACCUUCCCGUGCCCGGAGAUGGCCGCGCGCGCGCACGACGUCGCCGCGCUCAGCAUCAAGGGCGCCCGCGCCGUCCUCAACUUCCCGGACCUCGCGCCCGCGCUGCCCCGCCCCACGUCCCUCGCGCCGCGCGACGUCCAGGCCGCCGCCGCCCGCGCCGCGCUCAUGCACCACAAGCACCAGAAAUCCGGUGGCGGUGGCUCCUCUUCCUCCUCGUCGUCGUCCUCCGCCGCGCCGGCCGCGGGUUCUGCGGCUGCUGCGGCGGACGACGCCCAACGAAGAACACCUGGCCCCGCUGCUCACCGUCACGACGACCCGGAGCCGGAGCCGAGCCGGGAGGAGCGGCAGCCGGCGCAGGUGGAGGUGGCCGAGCUGGUGUUCGACGAGCUGGCGCCGCUCUGGGUGGAGGACGUGGUGGAGUUCGGGCCGUCCGAUCACCCAUGGACGCCGUACGAUGGGCUCGACGCCGUCGGCUUCCAGCCCCUCCUGUGGGAGUACUAGGCUUCUCUUGUUUGUACAUGGGCUUCCCCUUUGUGGUUUGGCUUGUGAUUUUUUUACUAGUGCUGCUUCAAGUGUGUGGUUUUCAUUUCAUUUUUUUGGAUUUCGAGGUUGAUGUGGGGUAUAUUAGCUAGUAUGUGAAAGUGCGAGACUGAUGUAAAAAAAAAUGCGAGUUUUACAGUGACGCUUGCCGAUGUUAUGACCUCUCAA